AUGGACGAGAGCGGCGAGUUGGGCGGUCUGGAGACCAUGGAGACGCUCACCGAGCUGGGCGACGAGCUGACCCUGGGGGAUAUCGAUGAGAUGCUGCAGUUUGUCAGCAAUCAAGUGGGAGAGUUUCCUGACCUGUUCCCGGAGCAGCUGUGUAGCUCCUUCCCUGGUGGUGGUGGUGGUGGCGGUGGCAACGGCAGCAGCAGUAAUGGCGGGGGCAGCAGUAGCGGAGCUGGGGACUCAUCGGUGCAGCGCUCCUUCAGCCAGGUCCCAUUACCUUCCUUCUCUUCCUCGGCCACCUCCCCCCAAGCUCCAGCGCUACAGGUCAAGGUUUCCCCCACCUCGAUUCUCACUCCUCCAAGGGUAACUCCCGUUCUUCAGCCCCGCCCCCAGCCUCAGCCUCAACCUCAGCUGCAGCAGCAGACUGUAAUGAUCACCCCGACAUUCAGCACUGCACCCCAGACGAGGAUCAUCCAGCAGCCUUUGAUCUACCAGAAUGCGGCUACCAGUUUUCAAGUCCUUCAGCCUCAAGUCCAAAGCCUAGUGACAUCCUCCCAGGUGCAGCCGGUCACCAUCCAGCAGCAGGUGCAGACAGUGCAGGCCCAGCGGGUGCUGACGCAAACGGCCAAUGGCACACUGCAGACCCUCGCCCCAGCCACGGUGCAGACAGUCGCUGCACCCCAGGUGCAGCAGGUCCCGGUCCUGGUACAGCCUCAGAUCAUCAAGACAGAUUCCCUUGUUUUGACCACACUGAAGACAGAUGGCAGCCCUGUCAUGGCCGCAGUCCAGAACCCGGCCCUCACUGCCCUCACCACCCCCAUCCAGACGGCCGCCCUGCAAGUCCCAACCCUGGUAGGCAGCAGUGGGACCAUUCUGACCACAAUGCCUGUGAUGAUGGGGCAAGAGAAAGUGCCCAUUAAACAGGUUCCCGGAGGAGUCAAGCAGCUUGAGCCCCCCAAAGAGGGAGAAAGGCGGACAACACACAACAUCAUUGAGAAGCGGUAUCGCUCCUCCAUUAAUGACAAAAUCAUCGAGUUGAAGGACCUGGUCAUGGGGACAGAUGCCAAGAUGCACAAAUCUGGUGUGUUGAGGAAGGCCAUUGACUACAUCAAAUACUUGCAGCAGGUCAAUCACAAAUUGCGCCAGGAGAACAUGGUGCUGAAGCUGGCAAGUCAGAAAAACAAGCUCCUGAAGGGCAUCGACCUAGGCAGCCUGGUGGACAAUGAUGUGGAUCUGAAAAUCGAUGACUUUAAUCAGAAUGUGCUUCUGAUGUCCCCUCCGGCCUCUGACUCGGGGUCCCAGGCUGGAUUCUCUCCCUACUCCAUCGACUCUGAGCCCGGAAGCCCUCUGUUGGAUGAGGCAAAGGUCAAAGAUGAGCCGGACUCUCCUCCCAUAGCGCUGGGCAUGGUGGACCGCUCCCGAAUCCUGCUGUGUGUCCUCACCUUCCUGUGCUUGUCCUUUAACCCCCUGACUGCCCUGCUGCAGUGGGGAGGGUCGCAUGACUCGGACCAGCACCCAUACUCAGGCUCCGGCCGCAGCGUACUGUCACUUGAGUCAGGUUCUGGGGGCUGGUUUGACUGGAUGAUGCCAACUCUCCUCUUGUGGCUGGUAAAUGGUGUGAUUGUCCUGAGUGUCUUUGUGAAGCUGCUGGUCCACGGGGAGCCAGUGAUCCGGCCACACUCACGCUCCUCAGUCACCUUCUGGAGGCACCGGAAGCAGGCAGACUUGGACCUCGCCAGGGGGGAUUUUACGGCUGCUGCCGCCAACCUGCACACUUGCCUGUCGGUGUUGGGCCGGGCACUGCCCACCUCCCGCCUGGACCUGGCCUGCAGCCUCUCCUGGAACGUGAUCCGCUACAGCCUGCAGAAGCUGCGCCUGGUACGUUGGCUGCUCAAGAAGGUCUUCCAGUGCCGCCGGGCCGCCCCGGCCACCACGGCGGGCUUUGAGGACGAAGCCAAGGCCAGUGCCCGGGAUGCAGCCCUGGCCUAUCACAGGCUGCACCAGCUGCACAUCACAGGGAAGCUCCCCGCGGGAUCUGCCUGUUCGGAUGUCCACAUGGCUCUGUGCGCUGUGAACCUGGCGGAGUGUGCGGAGGAGAAGAUCCCGCCAAGCACGCUGGCAGAGAUCCACCUGACUGCCGCCGUGGGGCUCAGGACCCGGUGUGGAGGCCGCCUGGGCUUCCUGGCGAGCUACUUCCUCAGUCGAGCCCAGAGUCUGUGUGGCCCCGAGCGCAGUGCUGUCCCUGACUCGCUGCGCUGGCUCUGCCACCCCCUUGGCCAGAAGUUUUUCAUGGAGCGGAGCUGGUCAGUGAAGUCGGCUGCCAAGGAGAGUCUGUACUGUGCCCAGCGGAACCCAGCCGACCCUGUUGCCCAGGUCCACCAGGCCUUCUGCAAGAACCUGCUAGAACGAGCUGUGGAGUCCUUGGUGAAACCGCAGGCCAAGAAGAAGGCCGGAGACCAGGAAGAAGAGAGCUGUGAGUUCUCCAGUGCUCUGGAGUACCUGAAAUUGCUUACUUCUUUUGUGGACUCUGUGGGGACUGUGAGCCCGCCCUUCUCCAGCAGCUCGGUGCUCAAGUCAGCCCUCGGUCCAGACGUCGUCUGUCGUUGGUGGACAUCUGCGAUCACUAUGGCCAUCAGCUGGCUCCAAGGAGAUGAUGUGGCUGUGCGUGCUCAUUUUACUGAAGUAGAGCGUGUCCCCAAGGCCCUGGAAGUGACCGAGAGCGCCCUGGUAAAGGCCGUCCUCCACACCUGCAGAGCCGUGCAUGCCUCGCUACCCGGGAAGGCAGAUGGGCCGCAGAGUUGCUUCUGCCACUGUGAGAGGGCCAGCGGUCACCUGUGGAGCAGCCUCAACGUCAGCGGGGCCACUUGCGACCCCACCCUCAACCACGUGGUCCAGCUGCUGACCUCUGAUCUGCUACUGUCGCUGCGAACGGCACUCUGGCAAAAGCAGGCAGGAGCCAGCCAGGCUUUGGGAGAGACCUACCACGCGUCAGGUGCUGAGCUGGCUGGCUUCCAGCGGGACCUGGGCAGCUUGCGCAGGCUGGCACACAGCUUCUGCCCAGCCUACCGCAAGGUGUUCCUGCAUGAAGCCACGGUGCGCCUGAUGGCAGGGGCCAGCCCCACCCGCACCCACCAGCUGCUGGAGCACAGCCUGCGGCGGCGCACGGCUCAGAGCACCAAGCACGGAGAGGUGGACACCUGGCCCGGCCAGCGAGAGCGGGCCACGGCCAUCCUGCUGGCCUGCCGGCACCUGCCCCUCUCCUUCCUCUCCUCCCCGGGCCAGCGGGCGGUGCUGCUGGCUGAGGCAGCUCGCACCCUGGAGAAGGUGGGCGACCGACGCUCCUGCAGCGACUGCCAGCAGAUGAUUGUCAAGCUGGGGGGCGGCACCGCCAUCGCCGCCUCCUGACCAUCACGCCCUGCCUGCCUCGGCCCUCUCCUGCCCUUUGUCCCGGUCUCUCCGUUUGUCUCUCAGUCUCUCUCUCCCUCCUUCCUCCGGAGCUGGGGGAUGCGCCUGAGCUUCCGAGGUGUCGACUGUCAAGGCUCGUGGACCACUUCAGAACAGUGGACCCCUGGGCUGCGGGGAGAUGCGAAGGUCCAGGGCCGAGCAGGGCAGAAUCGGGGGUGCCCUGAUCCGACAGCAGCAGGGGGUCCUGCUCCCAGGCUGCCAGCCCGUCUCCAGCCUUUCCAAGAUUCUCUCUUUGUGUGUCUCUUCCCCCCUUUCCUGCUCCUUGUUUUUAUCAGGCUGUCCCUCUGGGGACAUGAGUUUCUGGGCACCAGAGCACUUUGCCCUUGGCACUGUGCCCAGCAUGCCCUCUCCCCUUUUUUAUACGAACGUUUUUAUAUCAGUGUGCUUGGGUUUGCCGUGAUGCGGGACUAAGUUGCUGUGGCGUUUUUAUUUCUCCCUGGGUCUGCAUCCCUCCCCUGUGCUGCCAAAGCCAGUUCCUUGUUUUUUCUUUACCACACAGGACAGCCAGGGAAGUGGGGGAGCCGGCCCUGGGGAGGUGGCAGGGGACGGGGCAAACCCGGGAAUGGAUGAAAUAAUGUCGGCAUUAUUUUUUAAUUUUUUAAAAAAUAAAUGGUGUCUUAUUUAA